AAAGGUUUUGAUAAUGUCAGCAUUUAAACAUAGCAAAUAAUUUGAUGUAGGAGAUUGCACCAUGGAUGAUAUACCCGUAUCUCCGCGGAGGCGGGAAUCAGUCGGCAGAAGAAGGAAUUCUAGCAUCAGGUCGAGUCAUAUGUUCGGCCGCUUUGACAGUAAAAACUUCGCAUUAGCAGCAAGCGUAAGAAAUGCGCAAAUUGAACAACAAGAGAAACUGGUCAAAAAACUGAACACUUACUACAUUCAGUUGAAAAAACAGAUUCUACAACACCAGAGUCCUACGCUAGGACUUUUUCCUGACAUUGGUAAUGAAAAAAAUCCAACCCACAUAGCACAUAUUAGAGCCAGCAUCUAUUGUGCUGUUGCUGUGUGGGCUUUAUCCCAGGCAUACAGGAAAGUAGAUGAUGACCAGGGUAGGACACACGAGUUGGCCCAGAGUGCAGUGAAGUGCAUGCGGGGAAUACUCUUUUGCUGGAUCAGACAGGCAGACAAGGUUGAGAACUUCAAAGCCAAUCAGAGAGCAGAGUAUGCCCUUCAUUCAGCUUUUCACAUGAUAACCGGGGAUCCUGUCUAUCGGGACGACGAGUAUGGCCAUUUACAGAUCAAUGUGAUUGGUUUAUAUCUGAUUUUUUUGGUUCAGAUGAUUUCGUCUGGUUUACAGAUCAUAUUUACCACUGAUGAAGUAAAUUUUGUCCAGAACCUUGUGUUUUAUGUAGAGAGAGCUUAUAGGACUCCUGAUUAUGGGACGUGGGAGAGAGGAAGCAAAUACAACAAUGGAUCAACUGAGAUCCAUGCCAGCUCUAUUGGACUGGCCAAAUCCUCCCUGGAAUCCAUUAAUGGUGUUAAUCUCUUCGGGGAGCAGGGGACCUCAUCUUCAGUGAUUUAUGUUGAUAUAGAUGCACAUAACAGAAACAGAACAAUUUUCGAGUCAAUUCUUCCUAGAGAAUCAAAUUCAAAGAACACAGAUGCUGCCCUGCUAUCUACCAUCGGCUGGCCUGCGUUUGCUUUACAUGAAGAAGAUAUCAAAGUCAGGACAUUUAGUAAAGUUCUUCGCAAAUUGAAAGGAAAAUAUGGUAUCAAGCGAUAUCUACGUGAUGGAUAUCGCACUGUGCUGGAGGAUAAUAAACGCCGCUUUUAUAAACCUGCAGAAAUCAAAUUGUUUGAUGGAAUCGAGUGUGAAUGGCCAGUCUUCUACGUCCUAUUAAUGAUUGACAAGGUGUUCCAACAUGACAAGCAGGGUGUAGAGCAGUACGCUAAAUUAUUAGAACCACUGCUCUAUGACUCAGAUGAAGGUAAACUGAUCCCCAAGUUUUACUAUGUGCCAAAAGAAAAUAUUGAAGAGGAGAAGAGAGUUCCUGGAAGCACGGACAGAUACCCGAGUGCAGAAGGGUCAACUGAUGGAACAUAUAUGCUGGGCCAGUCUGUUUACUUCAUUUCACAACUACUGGUUAAUGGACUAUUAAAUCUAAAUGACCUUGACCCAAUUAGGAGACACCUGCCAGCAUCAGAACGACCCAAAGUCAACAUGAGAUAUUCGUCUUUCCAGAUCACACCCCCUGACCUUGUGACCCAGGUCAUUCUAAUUGCGGAGAGUGCCCGUCUUCAGCAGCUUCUGGCUACAUACGGAAUCCAGACCCAGACUCCACACCAGAUAGAGCCCAUACAGAUCUGGUCCCCCAAAGAACUCUCUAAAGCUUACGAGUACCUCGGGGUCAACAAGAAACUUGGGUUGACAGGAAGACCAAAGCGACCAUUUGGGGUCCUCAGUACUUCUAAGAUUUACAGAGUUUGUGGAUCCACUGUAUUAUGUUAUCCCCUGGUUUUUGAAGUUAGCGAUUUUUACUUAGCCCAGGACGUUCCCAUAAUGCUCGAUGAUUUAAAGAAUGACCUGGCAUUUCUAUCCAAGUGUUGGAAGUUGUCAGGGAGACCCACUUUCUGCAUGAUCAUCAGAGAAAGCAAUGUCAGGGGACCUAACUUUGGUGAGUUCUUGGAUCUGCUUGCUCAGUUCAAACGUGGAGAUGUGGAUGGGAUAAGGGUCCGCUUAGGAAAGCUUCAGUCCCUCAUCACCUCUGGCUGUGUGGAACACCUGGACUUUCUAGACAAGAUAGGAGAUCCCUCUGACAUCUUUGUUCCGUUUGAAGAGAAAACAGUUGGUUCCAGCUUUAAGAGCCUGACAGAGAUUCCAAAAUUACCGGAGCUUAAUGAUGCUAUGCUAAGUUAUCAUGAACAGGAUCUCAUUAGGAAAGCCAAUUGGGAUUUGAUCAACAUGUUGAAAGCUACAGAUGGAAUCAUUUCCCAGAGUCAGAUCCUUAAGGUUCUGUUCCAGAGGGAGGGAGCAAACUUUUGGAUUGAGGGGGAAUCCAUCACAAAGAAAAUGGAGCAUUUGAUCCAUCAGGCAGGAUUGUACAAGGAGUGGUCCGUAGUCCGUCUUCAGUCAGCCCUACUACGUAAAACUGUGGACAGUCUGGCCCCGUCAGUCACCACUAUACUGGUCAGGGGCAAACAGGUGACUGUGGGGAUAUAUGGACAUGAAGAGGAAGUGUUAGAUAAACCCGUCAGUCCUGGUUACCUUCAGGAACUCAUUUUUAAGAUUUGUCUGCCAUACAACAUACAGGAAGCCGUCAUACAACAGGAGCUGAUUCUGGGAAUCGGGAAGUUGAUUGCUACAACGCCUGAUCUGUUUGAUGGAAUUCUUAAAAUUAGGAUAGGCUGGUUUGUGCGGGCCAUGAGAUUUGAACUGGAGUUGGAUGAGGAAGAUGUUGAGCUUCAUGACCUUUCUCCUAAUGAUAUUAAGACCAUGCUAAUUGCUGUUCUUGUGAGGAAUAUGAUAGACUCAGAUCUAAGAACACCCUUACAGAAAAGACAGCUGGACGGGGCCCUGAACAGGGUCCCUAAGGACUUCUACGACAGAGUGUGGUCCAUCCUGGAGAAGACACCGUAUGGAAUCAAAGUGGCGGGCUAUCUCCUUCCACAGCAACCCACCUUGUCGGACAUGACAAUGUAUGAGCUAAACUUUUCUCUACUGGUAGAGCAAAUGCUGAGUAAGAUUGUAGACCCUGCCUACAGACAAAUCAUGGUAGAGACAUUUAUGGUGGUGUCGACUAUGUUAGAGAGGAACCCGGAAGCAACAUUUGAUCAGGCUGUGAACAUGGAUAGGAUCAUAGCGGAUGCUUUUGAAGAGUUUCAGCGAGAUCUCAGUAAGACUGAAGGACAUGAGAAACAGGACGAUAUGACAAAGUUCUUCAACACGCCUCCUAAUGUCAGACACGGAACUUCCAGGUAUCUCACCAAGUCUGUCAUCAACAAUCUACUGGAAGGGGAAAUGAAGUUUGUGUCAGACGACAUGUGCAGUAUCACUUAACUCGGCAUGACAUCCACAAACUACUCUCAGUGGAUGGAAAUCUAAAGAUUUAUCACCAGGCAAAUGUAAUAUUGCUUUACAUAUAGGCAUGUUUUUCAUCGAUUAUUUGCUGACUGGAAAAAAUGAAGUUUGUGUAUGGAAUAUUGCGUAACAUUGUCCGUCAUAAACAAUCAGCUGGAUAGGGAAGUCUGUGUCAGACAUUGUGUAAUAUUGCUGGACAGUCUGAAAGCAGUUGGUGAUCCACAACAAACAUUUAGAUGCUGCCCAGCCUAUGUUGAUUUGAUAUGUGUUCAUUAUGCUUGAAUUUUUGGAUAUUUUCCACAGAUUGCUUGAAUAUCCUAGAAAUUGGGAGUGAAAAAUAUGAGAUAUACAAGUGUGUAUAUUGACAAGAACAAAUGAUAUUUAAUUGCUGUGUUGAAUAUUGAAGUUUAUAUUAUUACCAUUGAAUUCUUCUAACCAAAUCUCUGUGUGAUAUACAAUAAUAAAAUUGUUUUUGUCUGAA